GCCGUACCAAUGUAGGGAGCGGGGGGGGGAGGAGGGGUGGCCGCUCUGCCCUAGGCAACCGGUGCCAACAGAGGCGGGCGGAGGGGCGCUGAGGCUGAGGUGGGUGCACGGAGGUCCUGCUCUGUUCCCUCCUCACCCGGCUGCCUGCUUCGCCUCAGCUUGCCUCAGCGAUCCGGCUGGAGCCCCAGCUGGAGGUGUUGACUGCUUAUAGACUUUUGCAGUAGCACAAAUAAACAAGGAUACUUCUACCUUUUCAGUGCAGUACACUGUCACACAGAUCCAGCCAUGCCUGCGGAAGGAAAAAGUGAUAUGGAGAGGAUUGGCCUCUUCAGUGAAAUGGGUUAUGUUACCAUUGGAGAUAAAUAUGUAUCACAUUAUAUGCGCCCUUUUAAUGAAGCUGCGAGCAAGAACAGACAGAUGUUACCUGGGGGUUCCAAAACAUUGUCAGCUCUUCAAGCAGGUUAUUUUGAGCCUCAGUUCCUGAGGAUUUUCGAUGGUGAAGCCUACUCAAACCCUGUUCAGCUAAGGAGACGCUACAGAUUGGCAGAAUCAAAGAAAAAUUUGGGCAAAGCUUUCCUUCCCAGUAAUGGAGACAAAUUGCCAUGUGGAAAGGGCAGCUAUUAUGGAACUAUAGGAGGUCCACUCGCAUCCUUUAGUGCACAACCAAAAGCCAGAGAAAGAUACGUUCCUCCUGGAAAGAAUUUUUAUACUAAUCCAGGAAAAAAAGGAACCGGAUAUGGUUAUGCAAAUCUUACCAUAGGAGAACAGUAUCCACAUGAACCAGAUGGGUAUGAAUUAGGAAAAUUAAAUGCAAAGAAAGCACGAGAAGAACACAAGCGUUUGGUUAAAGGAGGGCCUUUCAAGAUCAAUCUACAUCCCCAGGAUUAUUUUGAUGUGAAUCCUUAUUUUAAUGACAAACCUUUGCCACCUCUGAAGAAACCACCUCCAGAGAAGCCAAUUGCACCACCUUUUAAACCAAGUUCUCCUGCUAAAAAGUCAGGGGGCAUGAAAGGAGGCACAUUUGAUCCUUAUCCAAGCCAUUCUGCUGAUCCUUAUGUAAUUAAAAAAAUUAUGGCUGUCCCAACCAGUAAAGAACAAAAGAUUUUCUAUCCUCCUCCUGGACCAAAAAGCAGACCUGUUACAAGCAUAGUAACUUUAAAUGUCACAAGAUCAAUAAAUGCAAAUAACUACAAGACUGCACACCUGACAUCUGACUAGAUAUCAGCAACAGAAUGAAUAGAGCCUCAAAAGUCUGCAGAAAUGCAUCCAGCAAGGACCAAGUGUUGGCAUUCCUUGAGGAUAAUUGCCAUGACAGUACACACGUGUUUACCUGUUGGAGGUAUUGGGGACUAAAAUCAUCAUCUCUGAAUGCUGUUACAUAAGACGGGCUAGAUCCUCAAAACUACAUUAGCAUGAUUAUAUGGUUUCAAAACUUGACUAUAAGUAUUAAUAGACGUAAGCUUACUUUGUAGAAUAGGGUUUUGGUUUGUUUGGAUUUUUUAUACUUUUCUAUGUAUAUAGUAUAUUUAUAUCUCCAAGGAUAUGUCUUUCAUGGACAAAGGUCUAGUCACACUUAACAAAGUGUUCAAAAGCAAAGAUAAAAGCAAUGAAAAAAAAGUCCAAAUAAAAGCAUUAAAGAAAUAUGGUGAUGGAAACAAAUUAAUUUUACAUGAGGUGAAAAAGGUAAAUGAGAAAAAAAAUGACAGGUCAUAACAUUGUUUUACAUUGAAAAUACAUCAGGAAGGUACAUGUGAGCUUUUUUUUUUUUUUUUUUAAAUAAUUUUAAUAAGGUACACUUUGCCAUUUACAAUGAUUUUCUAUUCCUAAUUAUAUUAUUUGAGAACCUUAUGUUUUAUAUUACUUUUAUACAGAAUACGAAGGGAUUGUAUUAGUAAUACUUCAAGUAGUCUAUUAUUUCCUGUUAUUCAUCAUGCUAUAGGUUGCUCCAGAGUAACAAAAUUAGGUGGUUGGUUUUUAUGUGGGAACAUGUAGUUUGCAAGAUUGGCUCCUAGUCAGCAGCUGUUGCUGGAAGUUAUUUGCUGGGAUUAUUGUCUCUGUUUGCUCUAUCCAGAUUUCAUGGUGUUUUGACAAUUCCUUCUGUCAGUCUCCAAAUGACUGUUUGGGGCUGCUCAGCCUAACGCAAAAGCUUUCUACUGUGUAAAGGUUCCUUGUUCCAGAGCUGCCCUGUGCACAGCAUUAAUUGUUUACCAGAUUUCAUAUAAAAAUCUGUAGAAUACUUUCCAUCUGUUGAAAGUAAGCAUUCUUUUGCCUCGUGUUGAUAUGGUGAACAAUUUAAAGCAUGUUUUACUUUCAUUUAUAACAAUGUUACUAGCUUGCAACUAAUUAUUUAACUUAUUAUUAAUUAUUAUAGUAAUUGCAACUAAUCUAUUAUUAUUUAGUUAGCUCCCAAUGUAUUUUAAAUUAUUGACUUUCCCCUCAUGAAACUUUCUUAGCGAACUUGGCAGGAGUGAAAAAUUCCGUCUGCAUUUAUAACAUCUGUGACCUUUUGGGUAAUUCUAAUUAUUAUAUAAAUGGUGGAAAUGCUUUUUAUAGAACUCAGUGAUUUUCCAUUUCUGCAGACCAACCAAUAUGUGCAAUACUUUUGGAUAGAAAGGAUUUACAUUUGAAGUAAUACCGUACUGCUUUUGGAUAUUUUUUUUGACUUGCCUGGGCUUCAAGGUUUUUAUUCAUCGUUGGACUGCAGCACACUCUAAUGUGACUUACAUGGCAUAUAAUUAUGCUGUAAAUAGUCACUUGAGGUUAAAGAAACUUUCAUGCUGAAUUGUUUGCACUACUGGCACACACACUGAUGGGUCUGGCGCUGAGACUAAAUAUGCAUUAAAAUUAAAUGUAAAAUUUCUGCAGUUAUGGAAAAAAGGCUAUUUUUUUUCCAUAUAUAGAUCAGAGUGAUAAAUGUGCUUGGAUGGAAGAAUUUAAUCUAAAACGUACAUCAUCCCUCCAGUGGUUUAGAAUAUUUGUUUACUAGCAUUGCUACUUUUCUGAGGCUUAUUAUUUAUUGAAUAUAGUCAGUACUCCUGAUUUUCCAAUAAAGGAAAGAGAUACACACAAAAUAGAGAGAUUCACUAUUUAAAUCCAGGAGAAGUAUUUUUUUCUAAUUGCCCAAUGGAGACUGCUUUUCAGAAGGCUGCCAAAUAGCUCUUACUGAAAUCUUGUGAUCUAUUUGUAAGUAACUGCUCUUUUUAGGAAUGCAGCUUUCAUGCACAGGGAUUACUGGAUUACUGUCCUGUCAUGCAUACCUAUAUGGCCUUCUGUACAGCUUUUGUAGUGACUUUGUUCCUCUGCUGUGUCUUCUAUGUGUAUCUUAGCUACUCCAC